GGGGGCAGGAGUGUUGCCAAUUAAUUGGUGAACUCUCCCAAAAAAAAUGGAGGCAGAGAAAGGCUCUGGACGAAGAUUGCGUUCGAUCAACCGUCAGGGAUAUGACGAGAACGAGGACUCGUCGGACGUGGAGGAGAUUGUGAGCGUCCGGGGUUUCAGCCUGGAGGAGAAAUUACGCAGCCACCACUACCAGGGGGACUUCGUGCGCGCCAUGGACGGGAAAGAUUUCAACUUUGAGUACGUACAGAGAGAAGCCCUCAGAGUGCCUCUGGUCUUCCCAAAUCCCGAUGGACUAGGAAUUAA